ACACCAUUGGCAACCAAAAGUGGCCUCUAAAUGAAAACAUUUUCGAAAAAAUUUGUAAACAUCAAUGGUGUAAACAAAUUGGAGAAAAAAAUGGAUCAAAUUCACUUGAUAAGUAAACCGUUAUCAAAGAAAAAUUCGCGAACUAUGCGUCGCUUGAUGUUGAACUUCGUAUUUAAUAAUCGAUCCGAGUUUACUAAAUAUGUUUAAAAAAUUGAAGAAAUUCUUCAUACGUAAGUCGAGUAAAAUAAAAGACGAAGAAGCGGAGGAAGAAGGAAAUCGUUCGCCUAACGGAAGUGUUAAAUCGCCUCGUAUACAGUUAUUCGGAUUAGGAGCAGAAUCGCCAACGGAACAAUUAUCAAACUUGAGUAAUGAAAUAAUCGAAUUGGAAGAAUACGCGGAUUACGAAUCGUUACCAGGUAUUCAGUUAUUUCAAAUAGAAGAAAUUGUCUACCAACCAGAUCCGAACGAAGAAAGUACCAAUGAAGAAGGUAGGCGAUUUGAAACUUCGGCCGAUGUGCACGUCGAUCAUGAUGACGACGCCGAAAGUAGAAUUUCACCUUGCGAUAUGAAGAGUAUUUUCGAAAUCCCCAAUAUUAUACCGAGGAGUACAAUAACCAACGUUACGAGAAAACAAUUACCACCCAAGGUUAGAAAAGUAUAUACGACUCGAUGCGCCAAAGAGAGAUUACCAUUUGAUAAGAACCUGCUCGAGACUCCUACCAUAUCGAAAAGCAUCUUAGAAGAGUUGGCCGAAUUUUACCGAGAAUUUCCCAACCUUCGAACCGAGGUUAGAAUACUGAUCGCGAAUAAAUCGAUCGUCUAUUUACUGGGCACCAAUCACGCCGAUCCGCAAUGUCCGAUCGACGUAGCCAACAUAAUAACCAAAGUGAAACCGCAAACAGCUGUAAUCGAAUUAUGUGCUUGGCGAGCAUGCGGUUGUCCAAUCCAUCGUUACAAUAUCUUCCAAACGAAACCGGAAUUUACAUUUCGUUACCUAAGACGCGUCAUCUCGCAGAUUGGGUUUUUACCGGCGAUGAUAUUUUUCACCGACGCUUUCAACGAGCACAACGCCAUCGAACGUAAUACCACCGAUUACGGUGGCGAAUUCGCAGCCGCAGCUCGUCUCUGCGACGAGUUGAAAAAUUGCAAAAUUAUGCUAGGAGAUCGCGAAAUUCCAACCACGGUCAAGAGGCAAGCUUCGGCAAUGGGUAACUGGCGAGGUAUCCGAAUCACAACCCUGGUAACGAUGGCUCUGCUAUUUAAACGAAAAAUGAAACCUUUGCUUAUGCGUGGUCAUCAGUUGGUCGUCCAAGAUCCCAGGUUUUACCAAAUCGUUGUUUUAGAACGAGAUAUAUUUUUAACCUAUAUGAUUCAAAUAGCAGCCAGCUUGAGGUAUACGGAGGAUAAUCCGCAUAUUGUGGCUGUCGUUGGGCAAGGCCAUCUAGCCGGUAUACAAAGUUUUUGGGGUAAAGUGUCACCCUCCAUUUUACCACUGAUAUUGAAACCUGAAUCGGAAUUUUAAUACGUGUGCUGUUUUAUACGAUGUUUGCCUUUUUAAAAUACCAUCAUAGACGUAGUGUAACUUUGAGUAUCGAACAUCAUCUGCAAUUCCAAAUCUUGUUAUUUGUUGCUCUUUUCAGUCGUUGUUUUUUUUUUUACCUUGAUUGUUAAUUUAAGAUCUAGGUAUUUUAUAGGUAAUUAAAAUAUUCGCCUCAGCGGUAUUCUCUCAUUUUUAAAAUGAAGAGACCCGCUGAAUACCCUCAUAAAGUUUUCAACUCAUAAAACAACGGUCAUGCGAAUUAAUUAUAUAAAAUAUCUCCUAUUCAGACGAGAGGAAAAAAUAUGGAAAUGAGAAAUUCAAAAUCAGCUUGAAAAAUUAGAACAUUCAAGUGUUCAAAAUGCUAAUAACAAAAAACAAAAAAAAAACGGUCUAAAAUAAAAUAAGGAGGCGGCAUGAAAAAUUGGAGAAAAAAAGACGUUGAGAUUACUUAC